UGGUGUUAUAACUUUUUUUUAGUGUAACAAUCAUACAAAUUAAUGAGGAACUAUGCCUCAGAGCCAUGUUUUUGCACAAUUUCUGCGUCACAAAGUACUGGAUCCCUGUUGUUUUAUAGUACAGUCCACGGCCCUGAGUUUGACAUAUGAUUUGAUACUAGAAUUGGUGGAAUUCUGUUUAAAAAAGAAAUCUAGAGCGUCCAUGUAUAUCCGGCUUUAACUCUUUUCUUCGUACAGACCCAAACACACUCCUUUGUUAUUACUUCACAUGCUCCUGAAGUCACACAUUUCCACCAGUUUCCGACGCUCCAGUCUCAAAUUUCCUAGUAACAGUCUCUAAAAACUUUACUGUCGCGUUUCAUCUUCGUAUUUUCCAAAACUGACGCCAAAACCAGGACUCUGGCCUUGGUGAGCUGAAACGCUCAGUUCCUUGGUCCGACCUGGAGACAGAAAGAAAGUGCCUCCGCCCCGGGGGUGGUGUCGCUGAGUGAUGCAGGCAGGAAGGGCGAGUCCCGUCAUCUGCCGGCUUGGCCUUUCUUGUUGAGCGGCGAGCGAACUGCUGCCACCACCACCACCAACGCCGGCGUUCAGGAUGUUUAGCUGGCUUGGGAAGCAGGGCGGCCGGCAGCGGAACGGGGAGACCGAGGACGUCGUGCAGACGGUGACAGGCGGCCUGAAGGAGCUUUACGCCAAAAAGCUGCUGCCAUUGGAGGAGCACUACCGCUUCCAUGAGUUCCACUCGCCCGCCCUGGAGGGCGCCGACUUCGAGAAUAAGCCUAUGGUGCUCCUCGUGGGCCAAUACAGCACAGGCAAGACCACUUUCAUCAGGUAUCUAUUAGAGCAGGAUUUUCCAGGGAUGAGAAUUGGUCCAGAACCGACAACAGAUUCUUUCAUUGCUGUGAUGUAUGGAGAAACCGAAGGCAGCACUCCUGGAAAUGCUCUUGUCGUAGACCCAAAGAAGCCAUUCCGCAAACUCAGUCGUUUUGGUAAUGCAUUCCUGAAUAGGUUCAUGUGUGCUCAGUUACCCAAUCAGGUUCUGAAGAGCAUCAGCAUCAUAGAUAGCCCUGGCAUCCUUUCGGGAGAAAAACAGCGUAUCAGUAGAGGCUAUGACUUCUGUCAGGUCCUGCAGUGGUUUGCUGAAAGAGUAGAUCGUAUUAUCCUCUUAUUUGAUGCUCAUAAACUUGAUAUUUCUGAUGAGUUCUCAGAAGCGAUCAAAUCAUUCCGGGGCCAGGAUGACAAGAUCCGAGUGGUAUUGAACAAGGCUGAUCAAGUGGACACCCAGCAGUUAAUGAGAGUCUAUGGUGCGCUCAUGUGGUCCUUGGGAAAAGUGAUUAACACUCCAGAAGUAUUGAGGGUCUACAUUGGCUCUUUCUGGGCUCAGCCGUUGCAGAAUACAGAAAACAGAAAGUUGUUUGAGGCAGAAGCACAGGAUCUGUUCCGGGACAUUCAGAGCCUACCUCAGAAGGCAACUGUGAGGAAACUCAAUGACCUUAUCAAGAGGUCGCGACUUGCAAAGGUACAUGCUUAUAUCAUUAGCCAUCUAAAGAAGGAAAUGCCUGCUGUAUUUGGAAAAGAAAGUAAGAAGAGAGAACUGAUCAGCAACCUUCCUGAGGUUUAUCGUCAGUUGCAAAGGGAACACCAGAUCUCCCCAGGGGACUUUCCAGAAGUCAAGAAAAUGCAGGAACAACUGGAGGCCUAUGACUUCACCAAAUUCCACUCUCUGAAACCCAAACUGAUUGAAUCUGUAGACAACAUGCUGUCUACUAAAGUUGCUUUUCUAAUGAAUCUGAUUACCCAGGAAGAACGCAGCAUGCCUACACAGAUGGUGCAAGGUGGGGCAUUUGAUGGCACCACAGCAGGACCAUUUAACCAUGGCUAUGGGGAAGGUGCCAAGGAAGGAGCUGAUGAAGAAGAAUGGAUUGUUGCCAGAGAUAAACCUGUCUAUGAUGAGAUUUUUUACACUCUGUCUCCAAUCAAUGGCAGAAUCUCUGGAGCCAGUGCAAAGAAGGAAAUGUUGACCUCCAAACUGCCAAACAGUGUCCUGGGGAAAAUCUGGAAGCUUGCAGACUGUGAUUGUGAUGGCAUGUUGGAUGAGGAAGAAUUUGCAUUAGCAAAACAUCUCAUCAAAAUCAAAUUGGAGGGAUAUGAACUCCCUAAUAUCUUACCUCCCCAUCUGGUGCCUCCAUCACAUAGGAAAUCAUUGUAGAUGUAGCAGCAAAACGUGAAAAUGUCAACAAGGGUUACAGUGAAACACAUGUAAAACCCAUUUACCUGAGAUUACAGUUAUUGGCAAGGCUUUUCGGGGUCACUUCAAUGCAAAAAUCACUUAUUUGCUAGGGAAAAAAUGGAAACCAUCAUGUGUAACAUUACACUGGGAAGUAGCACCUUCCCAGGUGUUUUCAGAUACACCUUCCCAGUGUUUGUUCAACAGGUAGGCACUCAGUAAAAUACACAUGUAUAGUGGUUACGAUAGUUUUACAUUUUAUGAUACAGAAGUGCUUUCUGACACUUGAAGUAGCCCCAAAUUAAAUGCAUUGUUCUAAACAAGUUACAGUGAGCAGCAUAGCAUAGGUGGAACCUGUCUCUAUAGUUCUAGAAGCCAUUCACUGAAAAGUUUUGUCACAAGUGUCUUUUAAAUGACCUGAAAAUGGGGGUUUGGGGGGAGAGCAAGAAAUGUUGUAUUUACCACUUUUCACCGUGCUUAUAAUCAAAAUGUUGAAAAGAGUUUGGAUAGGAGUGGCAUCAUUUCAGUAACACCAAAAAACCCCUUUAAUAACGCAAUUAAGAAAGUAAAACCACCCUCUUCUGGAAGGUACCAGUUUGUCACAAAGUAUAGUUGAAAUGCCUUCAUGAUAUUCAUAAUCUACCAAGAUUUAUUAGGAUGUAUAAACAUUUAUUUUUAAGUAUGGAUUUACUAUUUGGAGCAGAAGUUAAAAGCACAUUUUGAACUAUAAGAGUUUUUUUUAAUGCUCUAUUUUUUAUUCAUGUUUUGAGUUAGAGAAAAAGGGAAAAUUUAAAGAGAAAGAUCAUUUGCACAAAUCUCAAACUCAGUUCAGGAAUACACUGAUUAUAAUUAUGACUAUAAUUAAUAUAUUUAUAUUAACAUUUUAAAAGGUAUCAGUUAUAUAAUAUAGCUACUGGAGAGAUUAUAGCUUUUGCCUUUCAGGGGAGCACCAUAGAUCAAGGGUCCAUCUAAUCCUUCUGCAUGGAUUUCUCUGGUCCCCUUUAAAAGCCACCUAAGACUGUCACCAACAACAUAUAUUAUGUUGGUGAACUGCAUAGGUUAAUUUUACAUUGAGUGAUGAAGUACUUUCUUUGGAAUACUGUGAAACACUGGUAGCACCAGCAAAAAGGAACUUGUUUUUCAGAUGUGCAGAUAUUGAAGCUUCUGUAUGCAAAAGCGUCCAAGUGGUGAUUUUAAUCACAAAGAAAUAUUGCUUUACUAAGGUUAACUACAUGUGAAUAUAUGUUUUGUCAAUAAAGGGAGUGUUGACUGAAA